CCAGGAGGCGGCGGUAAUAACACUUGGAUAGUAGGAAUCUUCCACUAAAACAAAAUGUUAGAAGGUGCACGUCGGAAAUUGGUAGUUUAAAUGAAUUUAAAGAUAAUACAUUUCCUCUUUUCUGAAAUUUAGGUGCGCGAAUUAUAAAAUAAUUUGAAAUUUUAUAACAGCAACGGGGAUUCAUAGAUGCAAAGAAACUGGAUCCAUGGCAAAGUGGCUGAAGGACCACCUGAACUUUGGCAGCAGACGUGAUCCCCCUCAGCCCCCCAGGCCAGACUACACAGAGAGUGAAAUUGUGAAGGCCUACCGAGCUCAGAAGGCUCUGGACUUUGAGGAUCCCUACCAGCACUCUGAUAAGGAGCACCAGAAUGGUGGAUUCAGCCCCUGCAAUGCAACGUUAAGCCUUUCUUCCCUCCCUGCCAUAGAUUCAGUGCUUCCUAAUGGUCUGGAGGUGAAAGUCGUCUCUCCAAAACACAGAUUAAUUAAAGUGGACUCUCAGGAGUUUGGGCGCUGUAAAAUUCCCUUGAGUCCUGUGACUGUUCAAGAAGAGCCUGUCGUUCCCUCUGCCCCAGUAGCAUCAGACAGCGACACAGAUUACUCCGAUCCAUUCGAUGCUCGACCGGACCCGAGGCUCAGACAAAACUGGGAGCCGAAAGCCGCACCAACAGACUGUUGUAGCUACAUGGAACCGUUCGAGGCCCAGCGAAUUAUUUCAGAACUUCAACACAGUGUGAUGACCAACAUGUCUGUAAGUGGAGAUGGCGGCCAGCUUUAUGAUAACCCUUACGAGGAGAAGAGGGGCCACCAGAGAGGAGCAGCUCCUCAGGAGAAAUCCCUGAGUAGAGAGGCCGACCUCAGCCCGCUGGACAGCAGGGAGAGCCGGCUGCCUCAGGACGACGAGAGGCCGGCCGACGAGUACGACCAGCCCUGGGAGUGGAAGAAGGACAACAUCUCAAAAGCUCUAGCAGUUCAGUUUGAAGGAGCUCAGAGGGAGAGCACACGAGGACAAACGGAACAAUCCAGACUAGCCAAAACUGCUGCUGCUUCGACUGCCACGCCCGAACCUGCGACCCUGCGGCUUUGCAGCGACACUCCUGCUGUCCUGGGGGAGAGAGUGGACCCCUUCCUACCUCUGGAAAAGCAAGUAUGGUACCAUGGAGCCCUGAGCCGGUCGGAGGCCGAAUCUCUGCUGACUUUGUGCAAGGAGAGCUCCUAUCUGGUCAGAAACAGCCAGACCUGUUGCAAUGACUACUCCCUUUCCCUCAGGAGCUGUAACGGCUUCAUGCACAUGAAGUUCACCCGGACGGCAGAUGGCCGCUAUGUUCUUGGGGAGAACAGUCCUCCUUUCUCCUCCAUCCCCGAGGUCAUCCACCACUACACCACGCACAAGCUGCCCAUCCGAGGAGCGGAGCACAUGUCCUUAAUGUACCCGGUCAUCGUUCAAACUCUCUGACAGAACACUGCUGCACGGUUCCUUCCGGUGCUACUGAAAAUCACACAUUCACGCUCCUAGACCCCACCAGGAGUGAUUGUGCAAGGUUGAGCUUCACUGGCGUACAGUUAUAUCUUCAGUGUGCUAUCAGGAAGGUUUCAAAAGCGUUACCUGUUCAGGUAAACUUCUAAACUUAACUUGAAGAUGAAGAGAUCUGUAUGGUUAAAAGGUAACCAAAAUGAAGCUUUCUUCUGACUUUUACCUUUCAGCAUAAAUCCUCGAAAUCUCAGCAAAGACCCUGACUUAGUUUACAUGUGGCCUUCUUCUUCUUGUUUGAGGAGAUUUUACUCUAGAACCUUUUUAUUUGUUAAUCUGACGUAGUGGCAGUCGCAUCUCCAUACUGAUGCAGUCUGGCGUGUCCAAUGAGAAUCUUGAUAUUCGCAUCUUUGAGAAACUGCUGGGAUGACAUUGACGGAUGAGAUCAGUUGGGUAAUGUAAAGCAUGACGCCGGCAUGAUCACUCCUGGUGAGACCUUAGGGUUUGUUUCCCACACAUCUCACUGCCGUUCAGUUCUACCAGUAAGUACACUGACAGCUCCACAAGGAGAGCUCAUGUGAAUGGUAAUGUCACUGAAACUUCCUUUUUUUUGUUGUUGUUGUUGCUUUCUGAUCAACGUGGACUCCCAAAAACCAGCAACUGCGGUGGUAAAACCUCCUGAAGUGUCUUGAAAGAACCUUUAUCAAACACAGCUGCGUCCCAUUUCACAUGCGUUGUUUUUAAUGCAAAUCUUCCAGAAGGUUAAAAGAGAUGAGGAAGAUUGCGUAGAGAUGCAGCGGUACUCUGAACACCAUUGUUGGAGCCUUUUGCAUCAUGAAGAUCCCUGACCCCUCCUGUAUUAAGAGAGUUCUCGAGUGUUUCCGUGGGCUCACCUGUGUCAGACAUGACCUUCAGCGAGUCUCAAAAUCCAGCAAUACUAGUUUAGACAAUUAAUUGCAGUAUUUUUCCCCCUAAAAGCUUGUCGCUUUAUGAUAAAUAAGCUUUGAUUGUUUCUUUACUGUGCUGUUUUAUAAGAACUCUAAAUGUUGUCUUAAAAUAAAGUCUGUUUUUAAAAUGUC